AUGUUUCCAAAAAGGCUGGUUCACGGCUUAUUCGCUCCGCGCCGGCUGUCUGUAUGGCUCGUGGCCAUAUGCACCCUGUUCCUAUUUUACCACCUCACCGUGGCCCGGAUUCCCGGAAGCGCCUACGAUGAUACCACGCCGCGCUUCCUUUAUCGCUCCAGCUUCCGCGAUAACCCCGAUUUCGCAUACGAAAGAAACCUGUCGAUUGCUCUACAAGGGAUCGAACAGGCCGUGCUAGCACAGAAUGGCGGUGACGACGUGGCUGAGGACCAGAUAUGGCAGAUCGCAAAGGAUGCGGACCAUCGAGGAUCCGAUUCCAUAUCUCUGGAGCAGGCCAACAGCGGAUGGAAGUACUCUGUAAUGACAGACGACCAAGCCAUGGAAUUUGUCACAAAGAUCCUGUCCGCCGUGCCUGAUAUUGCGGAUGCGUACUUGUCGUAUCCCUACUACGUUCUCCGCACCGACCUGCUCCGGUAUCUCUUGAUCUGGUAUUACGGCGGCUUUUACGCCGAUAUGGAUGUCUUUCCCGCCAAGUCGAUGAGAUCCUGUCCAGACUUGCAACCUAUUUUCGCGGACGAGGCUCAGAAACACGCAAAGGUUUCACUUGUGGUUGGCGUCGAGCUUGAUGAGCCUUAUGCUUCCCUUCGUACCAUGCGCAAUUGGAAAUGGACUAGGAGAUAUGGCUUCAUGCAGUACAUCAUGUAUGCGCCACGACGAUUCAGCCCUCUUCUUCGAGAAAUCAUAGUUCGAGCUAUUGCACAUACGAAAGAACUCAACGAUAAUCACAAAAAUCUUUUUACAGGUCGUCCGAGAUACAACGAGGCCACUAUUCUAGGAGUGACCGGCCCCGACGUCGUGACAGAUGCUAUUCUUGACGUUUUGUCGAUAACACUACCGAGCACCCACGACUUGGUCAACAAAUCAAUGGAAAAAGAUGCUGGGAUUGAUGGCCUUGCUUCUGAGACGACUGGCGACACUGAGAGGCGCGUCACCUGGGCUCCUUUCCAUCACUUACGGGAAUCGCUUUGCGUUGACGCCAGCGAGGGUACCGAUGAGACGUCUAUGGGAGGGCUCUGCGUGCUUCCUGUCAACGCCUGGGGCAAUGGACAGCGACACAGUGGCUCUCAGGGUUAUGAAAAUCCACACGCUUGCCUCAAUCACCGAUUUGGCGGGUCGUGGAAGAAGGGGUUGUGGCAGAAGAUAUUCGGAUGA